CCUUUUUAACUCAGCCAUGGAUUCCACUUUCUUCUUCUCUUUAUAAUCUUGUUUUUGCUUUGGCGCUUCUCUCCCACUCACUCUAAUCCAAAUGGCACUUCCAUCUUCCUUCUUCUCAUUUCCUCUGUUCCAAGAAUCAACCAGAAAUUUGUAGCACAAUCUACCUGUUUCUCCUCCACUUUUCCGCUGUUUGAUCCAUGCCUAAAACCCUGUCAUAGUCUCCAAAUCUCGAUUCGAUCACAACCCAUUUCGUUUACUUCUUCUUUUUCCUUACUCAUUAACUGUCUUUUGAUUUUCUUGAGUUUUUGGGAUUUUCAGGCUGAAUACUUUGCUGUGAAGCCAAGGAGAAGCUGCCCCGUCAUUGCUUUGUAGUGCACCGGUUAUAGUAAAUGGGCUGUAUUCAGUCUAAAGGAAGCAGACAAUAUCCUGGAUAUGAAGAUCCUAUAUAUCUUGCUUCACAAACGGCCUUUAGUGUCAGUGAAGUUGAAGCAUUGUUUGAGCUGUACAAGAGCAUCAGCAGUUCUGUGAUUGAUGAUGGUUUAAUAAAUAAGGAAGAAUUUCAGCUUGCAAUUUUCAAGAACAGAAAGAAGGAAAAUCUGUUUGCAAACCGGCUCUUUGAUCUAUUUGAUGUUCAGCAGAAAGGGUUCAUUGAUUUUGGUGAUUUUGUUAGAUCGUUGAAUGUCUUUCAUCCUAAUGCUCCCCAGGAAGUCAAGAUCGAAUUUUCGUUCAAGCUUUACGAUUUGGAUAACACUGGAUUCAUUGAGCGGCAAGAGGUGAAGCAAAUGCUAAUUGCUCUUCUCUGUGAAUCAGAGAUGAAGUUGGCUGAUGAGACAAUAGAGAUAAUUCUUGAUAAGACUUUCUUGGAAGCUGAUGUGAACCAAGAUGGGAAGAUAGACAAGAUUGAAUGGCAAAACUUUGUUUCUAAGAAUCCAUCAUUAUUGAAAGUCAUGACACUUCCAUACUUGAGGGAUAUAACAACCACCUUCCCAAGUUUUGUGUUUAAUUCUGAGGUGGAUGAGAUUGCCACAUAAAAGUAUGAUUGAGAAAGGUCAAGAUUCUUGUUUUUCUUUGGAAAUGAUGAUGGAAAGAACAGGAACAAGGAAAGAAAAAGAAGGAAAAAAAAAACUUGAAAAGAAUAGUAUGAAGUGUAGUUUGAGCAAUAUUGGUCUCUCUUUACACUCUAUUGAAUUGUAAAUCUUCAUUGAAAAAUUUUUGUGGCUUUUUUGCUUUAAGCUAUCAAAAAAGAAGGAAGAAGUUAUAGAAAAAUAUGUACAAAAAUGAGAAAGAAGUUAUCAGUUUCAUUUCUUCCUACCAAGUCUUCAAGAGUUAAAAAGAUGAUUUGUAUGAAGCUUAGUUAUGGGAAAAGUGGAGUUGUGAUAAA